UUUUUGUGAAAACUGUUGUUUUUCAAACAUUUAAAGCAAGAAUGCCGUCGUCACCUGUCGUUGCGUACUCAUAUGAUCCAGAUGUUGGAAAUUUCCACUAUGGUCCAGGGCAUCCCAUGAAGCCACAGAGGAUUGCAUUAACACACUGUCUAGUCAUGCACUAUAAUCUACACAAGAAGAUGCAAGUGUAUCGUCCAUACAGGGCCUCCGUUCAUGACAUGUGUAGAUUUCAUUCGGAAGAUUACAUUGACUUUCUAAUGAGAGUGUCUCCACAGAAUGUACAGAACUUUACCAAGCAGCUCAGUAUGUUUAAUGUGGGAGAUGAUUGCCCAGUAUUUGAUGGGAUAUAUGACUUUUGUUCAAUGUAUACUGGAGCCACACUAGAAGGAGCUGUCAAAUUAAAUAAUAAUGAUUGUGAUAUAGCAGUGAACUGGUCUGGAGGUUUACAUCAUGCCAAAAAAUUUGAAGCAUCAGGAUUUUGUUAUGUUAAUGAUAUAGUUAUUGGUAUACUAGAGCUACUGAAAUAUCACCCACGUGUUCUGUAUAUUGACAUAGAUAUACACCAUGGUGAUGGUGUACAGGAGGCAUUUUAUCUCACUGACAGAGUAAUGACUGUCUCUUUCCAUAAAUAUGGCAACUAUUUCUUCCCUGGCACAGGGGAUAUGUUUGAGCUGGGAGCAGAAUGUGGGAGAUAUUAUUCAUUAAAUGUACCACUGAGAGAAGGCAUGGAUGACCAGAUGUACAUGAAUGUGUUCAAGCCAACAAUACAGCAAGUUAUAGAAUUCUACAGACCCACAGUUAUAGUGCUUCAGUGUGGUGCAGAUUCCUUAGGCAGUGACAGACUAGGUUGCUUUAAUCUUAGUAUAAAAGGACAUGGAGAGUGUGUAAAAGUUGUGAAGGAAUAUGGUCUACCAUUGUUGGUGCUUGGAGGUGGUGGGUACACAAAGAGGAAUGUUGCUAGGUGCUGGACAUACGAGACAGGGGUUAUACUAAAUGAGGAAAUCAGUAAUGAGAUACCUUAUAAUGAGUACCUGGAAUAUUUUGCUCCAGACUUUACCCUACAUCCUGAUAUAUCAACAAAACAGGACAAUCAGAACACAAAAACAUACAUCGACGGUCUAAAACAGAUGGUCAGUGAGAAUUUGAAGCAGCUGGCAUGCUCACCUAGUGUAGAAAUGCAGGACAUACCACCAGAUCUUCUAUCACUGGAAAACACAGAGGAGCCAAAUCCUGAUAUCACCAACAGUCAAGCAGACGUUGAUAAAAGAAUUGAAGCCAACAAUGAAUAUUAUGAUGGUGAUAAGGACAAUGAUAAAGAAAAUGAUGGUUUUAUAGAGGUAUGACCACAUUACUAACUAGAAGAGAAUCUCUCAUGGACUUUGAAGGCACUGGUAUAUGUGUAUAUACUAUACUAGUACAAUAAACAACUCAGUUGAAGAGUGAAAAGGGACUGAUAGCAGAUUUUCUUGAUACAGUAUAUCGUUUUGGAAUAGAAAUAGUCUUCAAAGAUGAAAUAGACUUCAAAAGAUGAACAAAGUGUUACACAAAACUGUAUCAAUAUUGCAUACUUUAGCACAGGUGUGAUAUUUGUAAUUUGUGAAAUUCUUGAAAACUUAUUAUAAAGUGUAAUAAUUUAAAGGAUAUAUUCAUUCAAGGUACAGAUGUUGUGAAAAACUUGUAGUGUUACAGAAUGUGAUGCAGUCUGGUGCUCUGUUUAGGAGAUUGGUAUCAGUACCUUUAAUAAUUGAGACAGGGAACCAGUCCCAUUCUCCUGCAUAUGACUGGUUGAUUGCAGGCACAGAUUUUAUAUCGACCAAUAAUUGAGCCAAUUUUGGCUUGGUUUGAUAAGUCUUAAUAGAUUUUGAUGUGUACAGUGGUGUUAUUAGUUUCUUGGUAACAAUUGUUAGCCAAGAUAGUGUUCAGGACAUUCUGAUGUCACAUGGUAUUACUUAAAAACAUAAUAUAUUUCUUUAUAUGGAAUAUUACAUAAUCAUGACAUCAUUUUCACUUAUACAUUUCAUAUGAAAAAACUGUGAACAAAAGCAUGCAUUGAACGUCAAAGCAAGUUUAUUUUUCUAUAAUGAUUUCAGAGUGUUUUAGUCAGAUAUAGGAUCUCACCUUUGCUGUCAUAAAAUAUAAAAUAAAAAUUAAUUUGUCUGACAAAAUGUUUUCAGGCUUGCCAGAGACUCAAUUUAUUACAAUUUCUGAAACUUGUUUAAUGAAUUUUUGUUUAUUAUAUAGGAACUCAUGUGAGAUACAAUAUGUAUUAAUAACGUAAAAUUUAUAUGAAUUAUAACAAGGUCAUAACUGACAAACUCCGUCAGAUUUUAUUAUUGAUUUAAGUUGUACUAUAUAGAGAGAUGUCAUUAUCAAGGUGUUAGCAUACUGUAUUCUGUGCGUAAAUUAUUUUUUUUUUGUUGAACUUCUUUAUUUCUUGAUGGAUUUACUUAUAUAAAUAUGUCACCUACUACUAGAGCAUGUCAAAUCUUAGCAGUUAUGUAACAAGAAUGUUCUCCACUUCUAGCUCAAAUUUUUAUUUAAAAAAUAUUUUUAUACUGUCUUCUUUGUUUUCUAAAGGGAUCUACUUCAGACUUACAACGUUUGUUCCUAAUAUCAUCACCCACAACAUACCCAUUGGUAUUCAGCAAUCUCAAAUGGAACAAUUUUUUUCUUGUAUGCUUUUGACGUAUUUUUUUUUUUUGCAACAGCAUGAUUUUAGGUUUUUUGUUUAUGUAGAAUUCAUUUAAAUUCCAAAGCUGUGGCUAUUUUUGUUCUGAUAGAUGUUUUAAAUGUUGUCUUACUUUUUGUUUUAUUUUUUUGUUUGACUAUUUGAAGAAUAGGGAGAGCUAUUGUACUAUUGUGUUGUGUCACUUUGGUUAAGUUUUGUCAAGGGAUUGGAGCUUUUCACACUUACUCGCUGUUAUUAUCUCACAUGAUCAACACAAGUCCUAAAACUCUGUAAGUUACUAUUUUACAGAGUUAUGCCCCUUUUCUUACUUUCAAACACUGAGAAAAGUCUAGCACGAUGUCUUACGGACAUCUGUUAUUUUUCAAUGUGCUUUAGAAAUUGCAGCAUUUUUAUCAUUUAUUGUUUUGAUAUUGUUAUGUUAUAUUAUUUGUAAGGUGAUUGUUUUAUAUCCAAAAUUAUGUAAACUGUUUAAAACAAAUACUGUAGUUUUUAGCUUUAACACGUUUUUCUUUUUAAGUGCAAUAGGGAAAAAAGAAAAUUCAUAAUUUGCAUCAUGUCCAACAUGCUCUCUUAUUUCUAUAUAAUAUUUCUAUAUAUAAUAUAUAUUAUUUGUCAUCUACUGAGAAUUCACAUAAUUUCGUGGGCAUGAAAUUUCAUGGUUUUGCCAUAGAGAACAUUUUCAUAGGGUUCUUUAAUUCGUGAACUUUAUUUUCCAAAAGGUAGAAUGGAAAAUUAUCUUACAGCAGACGAAAUAAAAUUUCAUUGGUUUUUUAAUUUGUUGAUGGACCUAUCAAGGAAAACCAUAGAAAUUAGCUCCCCAUGAAUAAUAAUGAUUUUGCAGUAUUAGCUUAAAGCGCUUUCUAUACAUUUGAACUUGAAGAAAUUUAAAUUUAAACUUAUCAUAGUAUUUUUUUUUAUUGAAAUCUUAGUUUGUGGUUCUUCAUAAAGAUUUAUCAUUUAUAUACUCAUAAUUUAUUUUUUUUUUUUUCAUUUAUACUUCCAAGUAUGUUUUGAAGUAUUUCAGAAUGAUUGUUUGUGAAAUUUUGAUAAUUUGUAUAUAAGAUAAAAAGAAAAGUAAUAAAGUCUUGUAAAUGUGUAACAAUUUUAUUUUUUACUUUUUGUCUAUGGUUUGAAUAAGAAAGAAAUGAAAUGAUAUUGCUAGCAAAAUAUAUAACUUUAACUAUAACAAUGUCCAUAUCCAACUUGGCUUCAACCAUCAAUAUUAAAUAUAGAACAACUGUAACGAAUAUAAUAAAAAGAGGCACUUUACCAACAUAGUUUUAUAUAUUAACAUAAAA